UACUUAAAAAUAAAUUUUGAAGCCCACGUGAUUCCACGUGUUUAGACUAUCUACCGUAUAACGUGUAAUUUUAGAGAGGAAAAUUUGAAUAGAAAUGGACUGAGAGAUGUACAGUCAAAGCUGUGCUGAAUUAACUCUUAUGCAAAUAGUAAACUUGUAAUAGUACUGAGAAUGGACCAGACUCGUAAGAUCCUGUUAGCUGCCUCAAAUGGAGACGUUGAAGCAAUGAAAAACUAUGUCUCCUCUUCUUCUAUAGACACCAUCACAGACGAUGAAGGCUCCACCCCUCUCAUGUACGCUGCCGCCAAUGGACACGAGAAACUUGUAAGAUUAUUAUUACAAGCCGAAGGAGUCGACGUCGAUCAGAAAAACUGCUACGGAUGGACUGCACUGCUACAAGCAUCGUGUUAUGGACACCACGAGGUUGUAUACACAUUGUUACAAGCAGGGGCACAGAUAAAUGUCGGUAAUAGCUGGGGCACCACACCUCUAGUUGCUGCCUCUCAAGGUUGCUUCAUUGUCAUCGCUCAAGACCUUCUCAAUAGAGGGGCGGGGCUUAACACUGCGGACGAGGUUGCCUCGGUAACCCCGCUAAUGGCUGCCGCUCAGUCUGGGUGUGAAGCGAUCGUCGAAAUGUUAUUAAAUGGAGGAGCCAACCCAAAUGCCCGGCUCUCUAUAACUGGUUGGACUGCCCUCAUGCUUGCUGCACUUAAUAACCACGUGGGCGUGGUCAGAUUAUUAUUAAAUGGAGGCGCCGUCCGUGAGAUGAGAGAUGUGAAUAAUUGCCGUGCUAUUGAUCUUGCGACUAAUUUGAAACACGACAAAGUUGUAUCAGCUCUCUCGGAAGAUAACGCUGUUUCUUCAUCAAUGGAUGUUGAUAUAUUUGAUGUUGUGAAGCAAGGCAAUAUUGAAAUGCUUCAAGAAAUCCUCACCAAAUAUAAAGUAUCGGUUACAGUUACUGAUAAAGACGGGGCCACACCUCUCAUGUAUGCUGCCAGAAAAAGUGAUACACAGAUAUGUCAGUUGUUGAUUGAAUCUGGUGCUGAUAUCGAUGCCCAAGACUAUUAUCAUGGCUGGACAGCAUUCAUGCAUGCAGUUCACCACAAGCAGCACAAAGUGGCUAAACUCCUCGCAGAGAAUGGAGCUAAUGUCACACUGAGAGCAAAGAAUGGGUCCUCUGCCUUUGACAUUGCUAAUCUUAUUGGUGAUGUGCAUAUGAUAAAGCUAAUAGCACAAGUUACAAUACAGAAUAUGAGCAAGAGGGACAACAUUAAGAUAAAAUUGUCUGUACUUGAUGAGAAUGAAGAAGAAGAUGAGAUAUCAACUGACACUGUUCCUAAAGUCUCACCCUCACCUCCUCCUCCAAUAAUUUCAAGUCAAGAUGACACUGCUAGCGAUGAGGAAGUGAAGGAAGACGUAUCUGCUGAGGACAUCCUUAGGAGAGUAUCAAACGCUUAUCUUGCCAGUGGAGCAAUGCCAGCAAACUUAUUGGAGAAUCCAGGAUUGCUGCGUCCACAAUCCUUGUCUCCUUUUUCCGGCCGGAGCCCAUCACCUGAGCUAGAGCCUCAUCAGAUCUUACCUGCCGUCACCAAACAGUUUCAACCGCGGCCGGUCUCACCUCGUGCAGUCUCACCUCGUGCAGUCUCACCUCGUGCUGUCUCUCCCUCUCCCAAAGCUCCUCCAAUCAUAGUCCCAGAACAAAGAGCAGUCAAUAACAGCAAAAGAGAAAAGAAAGAGAGACAACUGCCGAAACUACAAUUUGUAUAUCCUCCUGGUGCUAUGAACUCUGUCUCAAAAUCUCGUUCUUUUAUUCCUCCUCCUCUUCCCCAGUCUCCCCUCAGUCCAAUCAAGUCCCCACGUUCAUUGCCUAGAAAUGCUUUCAAGUUUCCUCCUUCGUCUGGUCCUUCUCGUCAGUCUCCCUCUUUCCCUUUCCCCCCUCCUCCUCAGAGUGGCUCAUUCAGGAGGGACCUCAACCCCUUUCCUUUGAAACAGAAUAAGUUUCCUAGUUUCGAGGUCACUCGGACUUCCGGUGGCAGGUACAAGGCAGGCGGUAUUGGAGGGAACUUCCCUAGUUUACAGAGCCAGUCUCGGUCGAAGCAAUCGACUAAGAACACUUUGCAGCUUAAUUUGAAGCCAGCAAAGUUUAAUAACAAAGGCCCUGAUCUAAAGACAGCUCUAGAGAGUGCAUCGCUAGGUCAGUAUUACCCCUUGCUCAAAGAACAAGAGAUGGAUACGUACACAUUUCUCAUUCUCACCGAAGAGGAUUUAAUUGAUAUGGGAGUGGCCAAUCAUCAAGAUCGUAGUCGUCUGUUAGCUCUAAGCAAUAGAUUACGAGAGAUACAAUCACCACGUUCGCCUAGGUCACCAAAGUCUCCUGGUAAUUUAGGUGGCCACGCCUUUCAGUAUUCUUUACAAUGAUCAUUAUUUUGAAUUAUAAUCCAACACUUUAUACCAAAGCAACAAACACAUUAAAUUUAUACAUAUUGUUUCUAUCUUGGUGAAUCAAACAUCUUCAAUCUUUCGUUCACAUAACUUGAGUUAUACCUCCCGUCUUGUUUCAAUCCUUCAAUGCUUGUCUGACUUUGUGCUUUAGAUCUUUCUAAGCAAUUCUGAAAGGUCUUUAUUUCUUCCAUACAAGGAACAUCACUAAAAUUGUUGCUCUUCCAACACCUCAUGAGACUUGCCAUGUCUGCGAUACAGGGAGCCUGCUGGGUGAGUUUCCUUGAGGUUUUGACUGUUGAUUUGAGUUUCAUUUGUCUCAUAAAAGUAUGGAACCUCCUCUUUGCCAGAGAACAUGUUUGAUGCACCAUUUUUUAAUUGCUA